AUGUCUUUAGUAACAGUGCAGCGAUCGCCCACUCCAAGCGAUCCCGAAAUUUCUCUGCAGAGGAAUUUUAAUGGAAGCGAUUGCAUUCCGGGAAAUGAUUGCGAACAAAUUUUUAAUAGCGAGUGCUAUUUUUGCGUUAAAGGUACAGCUGUAAUACUUUUGCAACCUGAUCGUACGAAUGCCGGUCAAGGAUCACCUACAGGUGAAAUUGAAGAACAUUUACAAGCGAUGUUGCACAUUCUUCAUCCACAAGAUACUUUAACGAUGGCUGUUAAACUGCAAGUGAGUCAAGAUUAUUCUACGUCAAUGACCGGUGCUCGAUAUUUAGCUGUAGUCGCUUCUAAUAAUAGGCAAUUUCAUUGUGAUACGAGGCGAGAAGUUGUUCUUAUCGGGUUAAACUGCUUUUCUGGCAAUAAAGCUACGAUUGGGGUAGUUAUUCCUAUUUUUUCAACUACACGUGUACGGCUUGAUGGAGAUGGUGGUAUCGUUAUUGAUUUUGAUUCAUCAUUGUAUUUAUUUCGACCGAUUUCAGUACAGGCUAUGUGGACAAUUUUCCAAUGCCUACUUAGGGAGAUAUCUGAAAUUGAAAAAAGUCCUCGCUUUAAUGUAAUUCGAUCGUCCUCAAGAUGUAUAACUAAAGCAUCGAACUAUCUUGUCAAUUAUUAUCGGAAUACCAUUACAUCUAAUGAUAUUCUAAGGGCCCAGUGGGAGCGAACGGUGAUUGAUAGUAUAUCUGAAUCAAAUGGCGAUCUAGGUGCAACUUGUGCUGAUGCUGAACGCUUUAAAUGCGAACAAAUCGAUUCUGUCGAAGCGAAAAUAUAUUGUCAUUUGAAAGAAGUUAUGCAAACAGUCGAUUUGGAUGAAGUAACUAGCAAAGAUAUUCGUUUAAAAUCACACGAUAAUAUCAAAAAUUAUAUUUUUCAGGUUGAAGAAGGCAUGGGCAGAAAAUUAGACAAAUAUAAAGAUUUUAUAAGUCGACAGAUGUUAGUUAUUAUGGGUCAACUCGAUAAAGCAUCACAAAUAUUUCCAUAUUUGUAUUUAGGAACUGAAUGGAAUGCAUGUGAUUGGCAGUGGUUACAAAGAAACAGUAUUGAAUAUAUAGUAAAUGUGACUAAUGAAGUUGAGAAUUUUUUCCCCGCACGAUUGAAAUACUUGAAAAUACGGGUUACUGAUGAAGCGAAUUCCGAAUUAUUGCGACAUUGGAAUCAGACUAACCAAUUUAUUAAAGACGCCAAGGAGAAAGGUGGCUCUGUUCUCGUUCAUUGUAAAAAAGGUAUUAGCCGCUCUUCGUCAACUGUUAUUGCAUUCGCUAUGAAAGAAUAUGGAUGGGACCUGUCACAAGCUAUGGAACAUGUAAAAAAAAAGAGAGACUGUGUCACACCAAAUAAAGGAUUCGUAGAACAAUUAAGGACUUUUGAAGUUGCCUCGUUAGGAAUGUUACGAGCUUUCAAAAAGCGCCACCAAUUUGAUAUUGCACCUUCCAUUUCUCCACUUUAUACUAAUGGUCAAAGUGUUAACUAUACAAAUCGAUAUGGUCGCAGUAAAUCGAAUAUCUCAAGGCGUAAUAAUUCUAAAAAAUUUGGUUCUUUUUGCACUAAUAAGAAGUCGAAUGAUGAAAAUGAACAAGGAAGUACUGUGAAAAAUCUCGUUGGCAAUUUUGAAGCUAAAGGUCGUUUAUGCGAGAGGUCAUCAUCAACAGCCGCUCAACGAUCGCAAGUUGCUUUUCGUCUUAGCAAAUUAUCAGAUUGGACUACUCGACGUUCAUUGGCUUUAUCUGAUUCAUGUGGAAGUCCACCAGCUCGUCAAUUACGCGCUCUAACCAUAUCUUAA